AGCCCGGUAGCCUGUCAAAGAGUCUGGUUACUAUUCCUCCGCCUCCCUCUAGGACAGCUUCAGAACCCAGCGGGGACGCACAGAGUGAAAAUGGUCCACCAUUCAGGCUCGAUUCAGUCCUUUAAACAGCAAAAAGGUAUGAAUAUAAGCAAGAGUGAGAUAACAAAAGAAACUUCAUUAAAACCAUCCAGGAGAUCCCUGCCUUGCCUUGCCCAGAGCUAUGCCUACUCAAAGAGUUUGAGCCAAUCUACCUCACUCUUCCAGUCAACGGAGAGUGAGUCUCAGGCUCCCACUUCUGUGACCUUAAUCUCUGCUGACAAAGCAGAGCAAGUUAAUGCUGAGGAUGAUAAAAAAGACUCUGUGCUCAAAUGCUCUUUUGCUGACCUCAGUGACUUUUGCUUGGCCCUAGGAAAAGAUAAGGAUUACAUGGAUGAAUCAGAACAUGCUAAUUAUGACCGAUCUCGGCUUAUUAAAGACUUUGUUCCCAAAGAUAAUUCUGAAUCCAAGGCAAAAUUGUCUAAGAAUGACAUGAAUUACAUAGCAUCCAGUGGACUUCUAUUCAAAGAUGGCAAAAAACGGAUUGAUUACAUCCUGGUGUAUAGAAAGUCAAAUAUACAAUAUGACAAAAGAAACACAUUUGAAAAGAACCUCAGAGCAGAAGGCCUGAUGUUGGAAAAAGAGCCAGCUGUUGCAAACCCUGAUAUCAUGUUUAUUAAAAUUCAUAUUCCUUGGGACACGCUGUGCAAGUAUGCAGAGAGGCUAAAUAUCAGGAUGCCCUUCAGGAAAAAAUCCUACUACACUGACCGGAGCAGCAAAUCAAUUGGCAGUGUACAAAAUUAUUUUAGAAGGAUAAAAAAAUGGAUGUCCCAAAACCCAAUGGUUCUGGACAAGUCAGCUUUUCCACACCUAGAGGAAUCAGAUUGCUAUACGGGCCCCUUCAGCCGUGCACGGAUUCACCACUUCAUAAUAAACAAUAAGGACACAUUCUUCAGUAAUGCUACUCGAAGUAGGAUAGUCUAUCACAUGCUACAGCACACCAAAUACGAAAAUGGAAUCUCAAAAGUGGGUAUCUGUAAACUUAUAAACAAUGGAUCAUAUAUAGCAGCUUUUCCUCCACAUGAGGGAGCCUACAAGAGUAGCCAACCCAUCAAAACGCAUGGACCUCAGAAUAAUAGACAUCUAUUAUAUGAGCGCUGGGCACGCUGGGGAAUGUGGUAUAAGCAUCAGCCCUUGGAUUUAAUCAGCCAGGAAAUCUGCAAGGCCACUGAAGUCUUCAUGUGCCCUCUCUGUGACAAGAACUGCUCUCUGCAGAGACUCAACGAAAGCUGCAUCUAUGCCAAGGUGACAUACUUGUUUGAUAAUGGAGGAACGGUCUUCUUUGCUAUUUUUAUGGCAAUAUGGGCCACAGUCUUCUUGGAGUUUUGGAAAAGGAGAAGAAGUACACUUACCUAUACUUGGGACCUCAUUGAAUGGGAAGAAGAGGAGGAAACACUUCGGCCCCAGUUUGAAGCCAAGUAUUACAAGAUGGAGAGAGUGAACCCCAUCAGUGGAAAGCCUGAGCCACAUCAGCCUUCCUCAGACAAAGUCUCUCGUCUUCUUGUUUCUAUCUCAGGAAUAUUCUUCAUGAUUUCUUUGGUGAUCACUGCGGUGUUUGCUGUUGUCGUGUACCGCCUGGUCGUCAUGGAACAGUUCGCGUCAUUCAAGUGGAAUUUCAUCAAACAACACUGGCAGUUUGCAACAUCAGCUGCUGCUGUCUGUAUCAAUUUUGUGAUCAUUAUGGCACUGAAUCUUGCUUAUGAAAAAAUUGCCUACCUUCUCACCAACUUAGAAUAUCCUCGAACAGAAUCUGAGUGGGAAAACAGCUUUGCUUUGAAGAUGUUCCUUUUCCAGUUUGUGAAUUUAAAUAGUUCUAUCUUCUAUAUUGCUUUCUUUUUGGGGAGAUUUGUAGGCCACCCAGGAAAUUACAAUAAACUUUUUAACCGGUGGAGACUGGAGGAAUGUCAUCCCAGUGGCUGUUUGAUAGACCUCUGCCUCCAGAUGGGAGUGAUCAUGUUUUUGAAGCAAAUAUGGAACAACUUCAUGGAACUAGGAUACCCGUUGAUCCAGAACUGGUGGUCACGCCACAAAAUCAAGCGAGGAGUACACGAUGCUUCCAUACCUCAGUGGGAAAAUGAUUGGAAUCUGCAGCCCAUGAAUAUUCAUGGACUGAUGGAUGAGUAUUUAGAAAUGGUUUUGCAGUUUGGUUUUACCACCAUCUUUGUUGCGGCUUUUCCUCUGGCACCUCUUUUGGCCUUAUUAAACAACAUCAUUGAGAUCAGGCUGGAUGCCUACAAAUUUGUCACCCAGUGGCGGAGGCCUCUGCCGGCACGAGCCACCGACAUAGGCAUCUGGUACGGCAUUCUUGAAGGAAUCGGCAUAUUGGCCGUGAUCACCAAUGCCUUUGUAAUUGCUAUUACGUCUGAUUACAUCCCGCGUUUUGUCUAUGAAUACAAAUACGGCCCCUGCGCAAGUCGCUUUGAAUACGGUGAAAAUUGUUUAAAGGGAUAUGUCAACAAUAGCCUAUCCUUCUUUGACCUGAGUGAGCUUGGUAUGGGGAAAUCUGGUUAUUGCAGGUACCGGGACUACAGAGGUCCCCCAUGGAGUUCCAAACCCUACGAGUUCACCCUACAGUACUGGCAUAUCCUUGCCGCUCGACUGGCCUUCAUUAUCGUGUUUGAGCACCUUGUUUUUGGGAUCAAGUCAUUCAUCGCAUACCUGAUUCCGGAUGUACCAAAGAACCUGUAUGACCGAAUACGACGGGAAAAGUACUUAGUCCAAGAGAUGAUGUACGAGGCUGAACUAGAACAUUUGCAACAACAACGGAGAAAAAGUGGUCAUCCUGUUCACCACGAAUGGCCUUAGUUGAUACCUGAGGGGUAGUACCAAUAGUGGGGAAGACAGCAACCUUAAGUUCUAGGGGGGGUCCAAGAGGAAGGCAUGCCUGGCAAACCAUAUGUGUGAUAUGUUACUUGGAAAUGCAUCACAGCCAUCUCUGGGAUUUGGAAUAUCCAGGCUUCUAGGGAAGAAAAAGGUGACUCAUGACAUCUAGGUGGUUAGAUCACCAUUGCAGGAAGCCAGAAUCUAAUUCUCAGAACCAGCCUCAGGGAGUUGUGUGUUUGGAGACCUCCACCUUCCGUUAGCUGCAGUGUAAUAGGAAGGGUGAUGGUGAGGUUUCUAGCAACAGUUUCCCAUGUAACUGUUCACAAGCCAGGCAUGCUUAAAGUAUCAUGUGGUCUUCAGUCACAUACUAAUCUGACUUUGGAAUCUUAGGUUGAGUUGAGAUACUUACAAAAAAUGACUUACAUCAAUUAUUGCCUCUGCUGCAAGAAUUCCAUGUCCCUUCAGCUUAACAGGUUUGGGGAAUUUUUCUUGUCCCCCCCCCCGAGUUUAUGGAUCUGUGCCACAAGGAAUUUAUGCUGCUUUACAUUGACUAUGCAGUCGAAGAGUUACACACCACCUUUAGUAGUCAAACCAAAAAUCUCAGAUUCUAAAAAGAAUACCGUUCAUUGAAACAUACUCUGUUGCAUUGGCUACAUUCAAAUGUGUUCUAUCACUGGCAGAACAAGUUUCACUGCCUUUUUUUAAAUUAAAUUUCAGUAGAGCCACAUACUUAUAAAAUAUGGGUGUUUAUUCUCAUAUCAUUUAGAAUACCACUCAUCCAUAUUUUACUGAGGAGGACUGUUUUAUAGUAUUUUUAAUUUUUUUCCUCCCUAGUUUAUUAUAACAACUCCCACAGAAUAAGAGAAUAACUUGAAAUGCUGUAAAUAUGUUGGUUUUCCUUGUACUUUUGCACCUUGGCAAUACGUAAUGCAAGUUACAUUUUGUGCAGCUCCGAGAUCAGUGACACAGUAUGCCAUUGUGACUUAUUUAUUCAGGAAAUCAGAAGCCAAAUGCUUUGCAACACAUUAAGCUGUUCUAACAAUGUGCACUUUUUUCAUGAGCUAAUGAAAACAUAGCAUGAAUAUAAAUUUAUAUUAUUUGUAAAAGCACACACACAUUUUUGUUUUAUUUCCUUUUCAUCAGUGAAGGGAGUUUUGUGUUACUGUUUCUUUGAGAGAUUGAGUUGGUUGAUUUUUGAAAACUAUCUAAAACCAAGAUCAAAUCAACUGUGAAAAGACAUGGCUGUGCUUUGUUGUAGAGUUGCUGUUUUGGUGUCCACUCUAUGAGUGUUCUUGGUCACAGACAGAUGCAGUGGGAAUGAUUAAGCGUUCGAGUAAAGAAAGUCUGGUGGACACAUAAGCUAUGGGAGCAGGUGGGGAAGAAAGAGGAGAGUUGAAAUAAGGGAGUGUGUGGGAGAAAUCAAGACUCCUUUCCUUGCAAAACAACCAAAACUGAUCUCAGUUCCCCCCCCUCCAAGAAUGGGGGGCAAAUUACAUAGACUCACACAUUUAUAUACAUAUAUGUGGUCAUAUAUAUGUAUGCAUCUGAUUAUUAUUUGUCCAGUAAUUUUUUGUCCAAUUAAACAAAGCACCAUUAUUUCCAAAAUGUAUAAAUACCAGAAAAAAGACAAUGGAAAUAAAGCUACUUUGUAUAUAUGCUAGAGUAUCUCUAGUAAGAAAAUUAUAGUUUCUCUUACUGGAAAACUAAAAUUCUAACCCUGAAAAUGUUUUUUUGACCAUUUCUUUUUUUACUCCAGGGAAAAGCUGACAGGCCAUAGUUGUUCAUUGGUUUGUUCUUGUCAAAAAUAAACACUUCCCUACUGCCCCUCUGAUUCUGAGCAGAGGGAAGGACCCCAGACUCCCUCCCCAGCCCUUGUCACCAAGGACUCUUACAUUCAGGUUCCUCAGAGGUCUUAGUUCUGCCACCUGCUAGUCACAACAACUAGUUCCACUAACUGUACAAAGGAGUUUUAAAUUUCUUUUUUUGUAGAGUCUGCAGCAUUUCCUUUUCUUUGUUAGUUGAAUGUAUGCCAUGCCUGAGGAUAAAUGUUCUGUAUGCCUAUUGAAGACAUAAAUGAACUACUUGACAUUUAUGUAGUUUCCAAAUUAGGGAUACAAGACAAAAACAUUUGUCUUGCAGUAGAGAAAAGAAUAGUGGUAGCCACACCCUUGAGAAUUUUUUCUGUUCUUUCUGAGUUAUUUUUAUAUUACCACCAUCAGUGUUUAAAAGCAUAUUGAUUGCCUAGAGAGAAAGAAAAGGAAAAGAGAAAGAGAUUUUCAAUAAAAAAUUACAAUACAUUGAUUUAGGCAUUGCCCCCUCUGGUAAUUUUUGAGACCAAUAGAAAAAUACAGAAUCGAUGAAAAAGUUACCUGAAAUUUUCCCUUUGUGAAACAAUGCAGUAGAACCUAGCUAUGCCUUCAUGGUUGUUGACAGCAAAAUAUUGACAGCCCCUCACAGUAUGUGAGUUUUAAAUCACUCUGCUUUCGUUGAGAGAAAUGUUUUAUAUCAUGGUUUUCAUAGGAAUACAAAUUAUUUCUCAAAGAUUUAUAUAGCACACACUAUUCUCAGGAAUUCUGUAUUACAUGAAUGCUGCUUAUAUAUUUUCAUAUUCUAAAUUGUUGUCUUUUCAAGCAGAUGACUAACAUAUAUGUGCAUGAAGCCUGCCUUGACAAGUUGUUCAAAGCUGAAGCACUUUCCCAGUCCAGUGUGUGAAAAAUUUAUCUAGAAAUAGUUUGCGAUUGUCUGAGUCUGUGCACGUACUUUUCGAUAAAAUGCUGAGUGACUGCAUGAUGAAAUACAACUUCUGAAUGCUGCACUUUCUUCCAAAAUGACUCUUAGCACAAUCUGUUUUAGAACGGAAUGGAAAGGAACAUUUUUCACUCAAUAAACUAUGUGAUAUGGUAUUUUUCCUAUAAUUUGCAUGUUAAAUUUAAUCCUGCUUGUUUUUUCACUAUCAGUUGGAGUGUCUAUGGGGAGACGGGAUUGCUCAUUCUUUAGCCCUAAGACAAUAGUUCCCUAUUCUUGGAAGCCCUUGUAACACUCUUGAAAAGUUUUGGCUAUUUGUUCUCUGAUAAGCUCAUUGUCCUCAUCAAGGCAUUUGCACAUGAAAAGUACAGAUGGAAUAUCAUAUUGAAUCUAAUAAUGGUUUGUUCUAGAAACAGAUGGGAGAGGAAGGUUGAUUUGUUCUUAUGAAAGCAGUAAAUGUUUCUAUCACACA